AUGUUCUCAAAAAUUAGAAACUUUUCGGAGGAUGUUGCAAAAAGUUUGAAUGAUUUAAAUUUGUCAGAUCAACAAUUACAACAACAACAAAAACCAGACCCAUUAGUUCAAUUACAAAGAAAUUCCAAACUACUACUGACAGAAACUCCAGACUCGAGCGAAUUGAUUCAACCGACAAAUGACUCGGAAGUGCCAUCAAGAAUAACCACUCCAGCACCAACACCUAUUAAUAGAUCAAAUUCAAAUAUAGCGAGAGGUUCAUCACCGAAUUUGAAUGAUCUGACUUCCGUUCCAAAAGCUUCUGAUGAUCUAGAUAAUCUAUCUCCGGUCAUUAAAUCAAAAUUAAAGAAAUUUGCAAAAUAUGAGGAGAAGUAUCCAAUAUUAUUAGAUGCAUAUAAAAUCGAAAAACGUAAGACAGAAUUGAUCAAAAUAUUUGAGAAUGUUUUAAAGGAAAAUACACCAAUUUCUACUAUAUCCGAUGCUAAAAUUCUUGUGGAAUACUUGAACGGUCUAAAUGAUAAGAAUAAGUUGCAAAAUAAUGAAAUUAGAAAGUUGACAAAAGACAAUUCUGUGCUAACAUUCAAAGUAGCGAAGUAUGAAGGAGAUGGAGAAGAUAGUAUGUUUAAAAGAAUGGAAGAUUUGAAAAAAGAAAACGAAAGUCUACGAAGUCAAAUCCUGGAUAAUAGAAAGGAGUUUGACGAGUACAAAAUUGAUUUUGAGAAUCGAAUAAAAGAAAAAGAUGAGACUAUAGAGAAAUUGAAGAGUGCAGAAAAAGGCGGAAGUGAGGAGAAAAUUGAUGGAGAGAAUGAUGAUUUGGCUUCUCAAAUUUCAGCAUUAAGAAAAGAAGUUGAAAUGAAAGAAGAAGAGCUUAUUGAUUCAAAUCAUAAAAUAAAUAACGCCAAUAAAGAAAUUUCAGACAAAAACGAGGAAAUAGAGGAAUUGAGAGAUCUGGUUAAAGAAAUUGGAAAUGAUUUAGUUUCAGCCAAAGAUGAAAUAAAAAACUUAAAAAAUAAAAAUGCCGAAAAUGGUUCCAAUGGAACUCAUAGCAAAGAUGAGAAGGACAACACUGUAAAUAUUGACACGUUAAAUUUACAAAUCACUACUUUAAAGAAAGAGGUAAAUGAAUGGAAGGAUAAAAAUAAACUAAAAACGGAAAAAUUAAAAGAACUUAAUAAUAAGAUAUCAACUUUGGAAGAUGAAAAUAAUAAAAAUACUUUAUCGAGCAAGCAAUCGGAAAAGAAUUUGAGGAAAGAUAUUCUACUUUUCAAAACCCAGAUUAAAGAAUUGGAAUCAAAAGUGGAAAAUGCUGAAAAAGAAAUAGAUGAUCACAAGUCAGAAAGAUCCAAAUUGGAAGAAAGAAUACUGGACUUAUCGAAAUUUAAAAGUAAUGACACAUCUUACAAACUAGAAAUUUCAUCUUUGCAAUCAUCUUUGAAACACAAGGAUGAGGUAUUAAAAGAAUUGAAAAUCAAAUUAGAUCAAGUGAUGGAAGAAAACAAAUCACUCAAUCAAAAAAUUGAUAGAUUGACAACAUCAAACAAUGAUUUACAAUCAAAUUCAAUGGAAUACUUGAAAUCUAAAAAUGAGCUUUUAACAAAACAAGAACUUUUGAUUGAGAAUGAGAAAAAUUUGGUGACUCAAGUAUCAAAAUUACAACAAGAGAAGCAACAAAUCAAGACAGAAUUGACAAGAACCAAAAAUAAACUAGACUCUACACUAAAUGAACAAUCAGGAGCUAGCAAUGAUCUUUUGACGUAUAAAAGGCAACAUGACGAAAUAUCGAUGAAAAUGAAAGAAUAUAAGCUAAGAAUAGAAAGUUUGGAAGAUGAUAUUUCUGAAUCCAGGAAUUUAUUACAGGAGAAAAAUAGAGAAUCAAGUAGUUUGAGAAGGUUGUUGGUAGACGCGGAUGAGGUAAGGAAACAAAAAGAGUCGAACUAUAAGUUGGAGGUAAGUAGAAUACAAGAUGAGAAAUUAGAGUUUGAAAGAUCAACAUCUGUAUUAGUAAAGAGAAAACAAAGGGAAAUCGAUGAAUUGAAGAAGGAUUUAGAAGAAUACAAAGACAAAGUCAGUAAUGCCGAAUCCAAGUUAAAAGAAUUAGAGACUACAAAUACAUCUCAAGCCAGUGGUAGUUUAAAUGCUAACACUCCUGAUGUCCAAAUAAACUCCGACCUACAAUCACAGAUCACGACAUUAAGAACAGCUUUAUCGUCAUCGUCUUCUAAGUUAAAAGAUCUUGAAAGAUUAAAUAUGAACUUGAAAAAAUUGAACGAGGAUCACAUAUUGAAGUUUGAAAGGCUAUCUAAGAAUUACAAGUUAUUGACCCAACAGUAUAGGCUAAUGAAAGAUCAUAGAGAACAAGAACAAAGCCAAACAAGUUCGGCAACAAGUAGUAGGAAUGGAAGUAUACUUGAUGUAGAUGUGGUUAAUCAAGAUAACAAUAUCAACAAACAAGAAAAUGCAAACGUCGCAUACUUGAAGAAUGUUUUGCUUGGCUAUUUUGAGCACAAAGAGCAAAGAGAUCAAUUGUUACCAGUUUUAAAAACUAUCUUUCAAUUUUCCAAGGAUGACGAAAACAAAUUUUUGUUGGCUUUGAAAUAA